AUGGUAUUAAAUACAAUUAGCCCGUCUGUUAAAUUAGGCCUUCACUUUUGCGGUGUUUGGCCAGGAACAUCAUUCCAAUACUUACAUAAAAUAUGUUGGGUGAUAGCGAUAAUUACUCUACAAACUUAUCAAUACAGAUACAUCGUUAUGCAUUGCAGUACUGAUUCUCUUAUGAAUACAACAGAUAAUUUGAGCAUCGCCGUGCCAUUCAGUUUAGUGUUUAUCAAAUUAGUUGUCACCUGGAUAAAUUAUGGUAUAUUUUGUGACAUUUUAUCAACCAUGGAACAGGAUUGUCAAAAAUAUGCUGAAAUGGAUGUAAAUAAUUUGAUGUCGAAAACAGGGCAGGCCUCGUUUUAUUUAACAAGCAUGAUCAUGUCCUCGUAUCUGGUGUCUGCGUUUUUUUAUCUUACUGGUGCUAUUGCAUUCCAAGGAAACAACGAUUCAACGUCUCGGGAACUUCUUUUUAAAAUGGAUCUACCUUUCGAGGCCAAUGAAUCUCCGAAUUACGAACUUGUGGUAACUACACAAUUUCUGAUUCAUUUCUCAGCUGCUCUCACAUUUGGAUCAUUCACUGCUUUGCUUUUAAUGGUGGUACUUCAUGUAGGGUGUCAAAUCGAUAUUAUGUGCCAGAAUUUAACGGAUGUUCUAUCCAAAAAUGAAAAUAAGUUGAAGCAUUUUAUCAGCAGAUAUCAAGAAAUCAUUAUUUUCACAGAGAAAGUCGAGAAACUUUUUACUUACAUAGCUCUUAGUCAGCUUGUGUCAAAUACAAUUAACACUUGCUGCGAAGGAUUUCUCAUUGUAAUUGCAUUAAACGAUGACAAUGGACUUCCAUUAUUGAUCAAGUCUGUUUUAUUUUAUGCAGUUAUUUGUUUAGAAGUGUUUGUAUAUUGUUUCGCCGGAGAAUAUCUUCGUAUCAAGAGCCAGUUAAUCGGUGACACAGCGUACGAUUUACUUUGGUACGAUUUACGUCCGAAUGAAAGCCAACUUCUAAUACCUGUUAUAUUAAGGUCUCAAAAAGGUUUCACAUUGACCUUUGGAAAAUUUUCAAGCCUUUCGUUGGAAAGUUUCACAAACGUAAGCUAAUUAUUUUCUAUAUUUAAUGAUUUUUAUCCAUUUACUAUAUUAUGAUAAUAUACUUGCAAGGAAAGACCGCCAAAAUUUAGAAAAUUAUGAACUUGUAAUGUGGAAAUAUGUAAAACAUAUAUAUAUAUAUAUGCAACUUUUGCAGCUUAAAACUUUGAGGAGAUUAAAUUAAUUCCAAAUCCGUCAAUGUUACUUUUUUUAGAAUAAAUUUUGUAAAAAAAAAGAUUAUAAUCAGUACAAUAUGAAUCUAUACAUAUAUGCUAUUUUCACAAAAUACUGAUUAACGCUGAUCAUCUGAAACAUCGAUUGUCCAAAAUUUGAUUAUCCGAAUGUAAAAUAAAUCAACCAAAUUACAUAAAUUGUAACAUCGAAACAAUGUUUAUUUUACAUUUUAGGACAUGUGUCCUUCCUGUUUCGAAUAGCUUAUUUCAGUGAUUCGUCUGAAUUUAAUUUUACAGAUUGUAUUUAUAUUAUAUAGUAUUAAAAAAGAAAGAGUGUUAACUAGUUCGUAUAAACGAGGUUUUUAAAUAUUUCUUUUAUACGAAGGUGGUUCGAUAUUUAAUAUUAAUGAAAAUUCUUUCAUUCUUUGCCUUUUCGCAAAAGAAUAAAAAUUGUAUUAUUUAAACAAACAAUUUUUCACAUCACAAAGAUUGUUCCUUUUAUUUUAUUGGAAAUAUCAUUUAUUUAAUAGACAAAGAUUUCUGACGCUUUUUAUCUUUUAUAUGUUUAUAGAUUAUGAAGAUCUCAGCAUCAUAUAUGUCGGUACUUCUUGCAGUAUAUUGA